AUGACUCUGCAAACAUUAACUCCAGUCAACUGUGCCAGCCUUAUACAGCCUGGCUGCUCUCUGCUACAGCUGGACGACGAAGUUCUCCUGUUCGGUCAGAAAGGCUGGCCCAAGCGCGCAUGUCCGACCGGGGUAUUUGGGGUGCGAAUUAAAGGUAGCGAUCUCAAGCUGAGGCCUAUAACAUUCUCCAACGACUCCUGCUACCUACCUCCAUUACGUUGCCCCGCUGUUUGCCGCCUUGACCCUUAUGACGACCUGCCAGAAAGUUAUCUGAUCCACGGCGGCCGCACACCAAAUAACGAGAUCUCAUCUAGUCUGUAUCUGCUGACCAUGGAUAGCCGUGGUUGCAAUCGCAAACUGACUCUACGUUGUAAAGAGAAAGAGCUGGUAGGAGAAGUCCCAGAGGCUAGAUACGGCCACAGUCUUAGUAUAAUUCAAAGCCGAGGGAAAAUGGCAUGUGUGUUGUUUGGGGGGAGGUCCUACAUGCCUGCAGGAGAGCGGACCACUGAGAGCUGGAACAGCGUAAUCGACUGCCCCCCCCAGGUGUUCUUGUUUGACUUGGAGUUUGGGUGCUCCUCAGCUCAUACUCUACCUGAUCUCUGCGACGGACAGUCUUUCCACGUUUCCAUCGCCAGAAAAGACUGUGUCUACUUCCUCGGCGGUCACUCUAUCACCUCCGACUCCCGCCCCCCUCGACUCUUUCGCCUGCGCGUCGAACUUCUGCAGGGAAGCCCCUUGAUUUCCUGCGAGACCCUAGACACCGGAUUGUCCGUCUCGAGUGCCAUCGUAACUCGUACAGGCCCCACUCACAGCUACAUCAUCUUAGGUGGGUAUCAGUCAGACUCUCAGAAGAGGAUGGAGUGCACUACAGUGAUCCUGGAUGAAAAAGGGAUCCACUUUGAACCGUUAGAAGCACCAAAUUGGACUCCAGAUAUCAUUCAUAGUCGGACAUGGUUCGGAGGCAGCGCUGGGGAGGGAAGUGUCUUACUGGCUGUACCUACUGAAGGAAGGCCAUCCCAACCAGACGUGCACUACUUCUAUCAAGUGACUUUUAAAUCCGAAGGAGACGGCGUGAAAGAGGAUGAUGGAACCCAGGGCUGCAGCCAGGAGUCAACAGACUAUGACAACUCUACCCCACUUGAAGACUCCGAGGAGCUGUACUUUGGCCGUGAGCCUCAUGAGCUCCAGGACGGUAGUGAUGAUGAAGAGGAUACAUAUAAUGAGGAGGAUGAGGAGGAUGUGUCCCAAACAGGCUACUGGAUCAAAUGCUGCCUAGGCUGUCAACUGGACCCGAACACGUGGGAGCCGUAUUAUUCCACAGAGCUCCACCGCCCAGCCAUGAUCUUCUGUUCAAGAGGUGAAGAGGGACACUGGGUCCACGCCCAGUGCAUGGAGUUAUCUGAGACUUUACUGCUUAAGCUCUCUCAGGGCAGCAGAAAGUACUUUUGUCUGGACCAUGGAGGCCUGCCUUACCAGGAGAUGACCCCCCCUCGACAGGUCAUGUCUUUGAAGCGCACCCCCAUGAAAGUCAAAAGCAGGAAAAAUCCUCCAACCAUAAAUAUGUCUCCUGCCAAAAAAAGCUUUUUCAAAAGGCUCUUUGAAUGA